AUGCCGCCAAACCAAGGCAUACUCGACGGCGGUGGCCAAUGGGAGGAAAUAAAGGAGGAACUCUACUAUGACCACAUGAGUAGCGCCUCCAGCGAUGGCAGCAUUAGUCCCAUCGGAAGCCUCAAGAGCAUUCCCGGCAGCAAGGGCAAGAGUUUGCUCGGCCGAGCCGCAUCUUCGCUCUUGUGGCGAGCAAGAAGCCCGCACACCGCACGGGGCGACCUGAGACGGACGGCCUAUCUCGAUGGCGUCCGUGGCUUUGCCGCAUUCAUGGUUUACCUACAACACCACCAAAUCUGGGCACACAACGACAAGGCUCACAAGGUGUUUGAGUCUUCCUUUGGCACCAAUGGUCAGGUGUACCUGGCUACGCUUCCCGGAGUGAGGACAUUUUUUGUCGGCGGGCACUUUGCCGUCGCAGUGUUUUUCAUCAUAUCCGGCUACGUCCUGUCGACCAAGCCCCUGUCCCUCAUCCACGCCGGCGACCAUGCCCGGCUCUCAGAAAACGUCGGGUCCGCUCUCUUCAGGAGAUGGCUGCGGUUGUACCUCCCCCUGAUCGUGACGACGUUUUCCUUCAUGGCCUUUUGGAACCUCAGCCGGGUCUGGGUGUACGGCAUGAUGCACGAGCAGACGUUUCGCGACGAGCUCUGGCGCUGGUAUGCCGAGGGCAAGAACUUCACCUUUGUCUUCACGCAGGGCGGGGAGCCCUUUUUCCGAUACAACCCGCACCUGUGGUCGAUACCGGCAGAGUUCAAAGGCUCCAUCGUGGUGUACACGACGCUGAUUGCACUGGCCCGAUGUACCCGCAACGCACGACUCUUGUGCAUGGUCGGUCUGAUGUACUACUUCAUGUACAUCGCCGACGGGUGGUACGGCGCCAUGUUCGUCAUGGGCAUGUUUCAGUGCGAGAUGGACCUGCUGUCGGCAAAGGGGGAGCUGCCGUCGCUCCUGGCGAGGUACAGCGGCGUCGGCCCCAUCAAGAAGCUCGUCCUGUGGCACCUCUUUGCGCUCGCCGUCUACCUGGGCGGGGUCCCGUCCCCCGACCUCAAGAUCGAAUCCCUCCGAGCCAACAGGGGAUGGUACUACCUGUCGUUCCUCAAGCCGCAGGCGGUGUUUGACUACAAGUGGUUCUACCUCUUCUUUGCCGCGUCCAUCACCAUCGCUGUCAUCCCGCGCCUGCCGUCGCUGAAGCGCUUCUUCGAGACGCGCUUCUGCCAGUACCUGGGCCGCAUCUCGUACGGUCUGUACCUGUCCCACGGACCCGUCAUGUGGCUGGUCGGGGACCGCGUCUACACCGCCGUGGGGUGGCACGGCGAGGAGCAGGUCAAGAACCUGCCGGGCUGGGUCGACAAGUUCCCGCUCCCCAAGACGGGACCGUUUGGCAUGGAGCUGGGAUACCUGCUGCCGCAUCUCAUCCUGCUGCCGUUGACGCUGUGGGUGUCGGAGCUUGUCACGCGGUUUGUGGAUGAGCCCAGUGUGCGAUUCUCGCAGUGGUUAUAUGGCAAGACGCUUGCUCCCAAGCCAACCAAGGCAACAGGGGAGGCGUAG